AAUGGCUCCUCGUCUUCCUCUGAUCGUUCUGCUCAUGAUUCAUAGGGUUUCUGGUGCUGGUUGGGGUGUGAGUUACAGUCAUUCACACAUCUGUGCACUAAAGAACUCAUCAGUGAUAAUGAGCUGCACUUAUACAUACCCUACUAGAUAUAAGAUCAAGAAAGUGUUCUGGACCAAAGGACCUGUAAUAAAGGGUACAAAACCCUCAGAUCUGUCUGAGGACCCUGAAUACAGUCAGAGGCUUCAGUAUCUGGGAGAUAAACAGCAGAACUGCACCUUCAGACUGAGUCAUGUGACACAGAAAGAUUCACACAUGUACUAUUUCAGAUUCAUCACUGAUAAACCUGAUGGCAUAUGGAUUGGUCGUCCAGGAGUGACUCUUACUGUCACAGAUCUUCGUGUGCAGUCUCCUGAGAGAGUGACAGAGGGAGAUUCAGUCCGUCUGACAUGUAAAAGCAGCUGCGCUCUGACUGACGGAGCAACAUUCAUCUGGUACAGAAACUCACAGCCAUUAACUGAGAGAAGAGACAGAAACAAUCAACUCCUGCUGCAGUCAGUCAGAAGAGAGGAUGCAGGCAGAUAUAGCUGUGCUGUACAUGGACACACUUACAUCUCUCCUGCUGUUCAUCUCAGUGUCACGUACCCACCCAGGAAUGUAUUAGUGUCCAUAAGUGGAUCUGGUGAAAUAGUGGAGGGAGAUUCAGUGACUCUGAUCUGCAGCAGUGAAUCAAACCCACCUGCUCUGAACUUCAGCUGGUUUAAAGGAGGAACAACUGUAGGAUCUGGAAGAAUCUACAGCAUCUCAAAGAUCAGCUCUGAUCACAGUGGAGAAUACAAGUGCAAGUCCAGAAAUAAACAUGGAGAGAAAUACUCUGCUGCUGUGACUUUAAAUGUCAUGUACCCACCCAGGAACAUCUCAGUGUUCAUAAAUGGAUCUGGUGAAAUAGUGGAGGGAGAUUCAGUGACUCUGAUCUGCAGCAGUGAUUCAAACCCACCUGCUCUGAACUUCAGCUGGUUUAAGGAGAAUCAAAGCUCAGCUGUUGGAUCUGGACAGAGUUUCAGUGCUCUACAGAGUGGAUGCUUCUACUGUGAGGCUCACAAUCAACAUGGGUCUCAGAGAUCAGACGCUGUUACUGUCACAGUUCAUCAAGGUGCUGGUAAUGUAAUUGUGAUCACAGCUGCAUCUGGAGGAGUAAUAUUCAUCAUAAUUCUCAUAAUCAUCAUCCUGUUUAUAAUGAGGAAACGAAGGAGUGUUAAAACUGAAGAUCACACAAUGAAACAGAAUGAUCUCUAUUCUGACGUGUCACAGAGAGUUUCAGAGCCUCUUUCUGAACCUGAUACAGCCAGUGAUGCUCUGUAUGCCAAUGUGAAACCCAGCAGAGGAACAACUCCUGAAUCCAGAGAUACUGAGGAGAUGCAGAGCACAACUGUCCAACAUCACCGAAAGAAAGAGACGAACAGACCAGAAGACAAUGAAUGUCAGUAUGACGAUAUAAGAGUUCAUCAGCCUGAUGCUGCCGUGAGGCAAUCAAAUGUUCAAACUGUGGAAGACGUAUCGGUGAUCUACAGCAGCGUCAGAUGAGUGAUAAAGCAGCAAACACAAAGCCUGUGUUCAACUGUUCAAUGAGCGACUGUUUGAUAACUGCACAGCUGUGGAAUAAUUUACUCAUCUGUUCUCAUCACAACCACCGAAAACAUGUUCAACACCCAAAUUUCCUUUGACACUUUGUGAGAGAAUGAUGGUCAUUGUAUCCUGGACUCAUGUCACAUCUUUCUUUUUUAAUGCUUUGUGUGUGUUUUAUAAAAUAUUUUUAAAAUAAAUAUAAUUUAAUACUUUUAAAAUAAAAUAUAUUUAAAAUAAAAUAUUUAUAUAUUUGCAUUUAUUGCCUUUGUCUUUAAGUUUGUCUAAGUUUAAUCCAUGAGUAGUGUAGAGUUUGUUGUUUUCAGUAUUUUUGUUCUUCUGUCUGGGGCAUAAACUUGACAUCUUAUAAAUCACAUUCUCAAAUGAAAAAAAAAAAAAAAGUUAAGCCAUAGAAUAUCUUUCUAUCAUAGAAUAGAAAGAAUUCUGCAACUAAAAAUAAACUUUUUUGUAACUUUUAAAACAAUAUUGCAUUAACAGUAGUAGUAUAUAUUUAUUUAAUGCCGUGUCAGCAUCUUAGGCUAUUUUCAUGGCAAAAAAUAAAAAAUAAAUAAUACAAGUAUAAUAUUGUAUUCAUCAGUAUUUAAAUAAUGUAUGUUUUAACAAGCUAACAACAGUGAAAGCUGUACAACUUUUCAAUAUUUACAUGCAAAAGUAUUGUAUUUUAUGUAGCCCAUUAUUGUAUUUUAUUAAGAGUGUCAUUUUCAUAUUUCUCUUUGUAUGUUUUUAUAUUUAGGGCCGAUGCUUCAAUAAACCUGAUUGAC